UCUGAAAACCCAUUAAUCGAACAAUAUUGACAGCUGUUUUUUUUUUCUUGAUAAAAAGUAAAAUCUGAAACAUCACUUCUACUUCUGGUAGUAAAUUCAUGGCUGAUCCUCACAUAAACGUACAACAAACAGACCCACCUCCCGCCCAAAUACCUCUUCUCAAUUCAAACACAAACCACACUCAAAAUAAUCAUCAACAUCAACAACACCCAAACGAAAACCGUAACCAGCACCAAGAAACCGAUCUUGACAGGACGCUUAAAAGGCUUGAAAAUUUUCUGUCUAUUCUUGGUUUCAACCAGUCUUCAGUUCUGGGUUUUGUCUUGUCUUGGUCUGCUUUUCUACUGAUUGGAGUGUUGCUCCCAGUUGUGAUACUUGAACUCUCCAAUUGUCCUGGGUGUGAGAAGGGUCAAAUUAAGGAUUUUGAGCUGGUUAUUGUGGCAUCUCAGGCGUGUGUUGCGGCUGUUUCUUUGCUUUGUCUUUCCCAUAAUCUUCGUAAACAUGGUAUCAGAAGGUUUCUUUUUGUUGAUCGUUACAGUGGCCAAAUGGCCCGCUUUAGCAAACACUACAUUCAGCAGAUAAGGGGUUCUAUACGCUUGCUUGUAUUUUGGUCAUUGCCAUGUUUCAUUCUGAAGACUGUUCGUGAGGUCGUCCGCAUCUUAUAUGUACAUCAUGAAUCAUGGUGGCUGUCUACUGCAAUUUGUUUAGCUUUGAUUGUAUCCUGGACUUAUUUGAGUACGAUAUCUCUAUCAGCCAGCAUUUUGUUUCACCUAGUCUGCAAUUUGCAAGUUAUGCACUUUGAAGAUUAUGCAAAGCUCAUGGAACACGAAUCUGACGUUUUAGUAUUAAUAGAGGAGCACAUGCGUCUACGGUAUUAUCUUUCUAAGAUAAGCCACAGAUUCCGUAUUUAUCUUCUUUUAGAGUUCCUGUUUGUCACAGCAAGCCUAUUUGUGACUCUUUUCCAGACUACAGCAUACAGUGGCAUAAUUACUUUCAUAAAUGGUGGUGAUUUUGCAGUGUCCUCAGUCGUUCAGGUUGUAGGCAUAAUUAUUUGCUUACAUGCAGCGACAAAAAUUUCUCAUAGGGCCCAAAACAUCGCAUCACUGGCAAGUAGAUGGCAUGCAGUGGCAACAUGCAGCUCUACUGAUGCAUCUCAACUGAGAGCAUCAAGCAGUGGGGGGAGCUUGGAAGCCUCUGGUGCAUUGAACUCAUUGCAUAUGAAUUAUUCUGAAAGUGAUUUGGAGUCUUUAGAUUAUCUUUCAAUGCCAACAAGUGCUCAACUGGCUUCGUAUAUGUCCUCAUAUCACAGAAGACAAGCCUUUGUACUGUAUUUGCAGACAAACCCCGGGGGCAUUACCAUAUUUGGAUGGACAGUUGAUAGGGCUCUUAUCACAACAAUCUUCUUCAUUGAACUCUCUCUUGUUACAUUUGUACUAGGAAAGACCAUCAUUUCUGGUACUAGUUAAUCACCCUGUCAAGGCUGCUCUCAAUACAUCACAUCUCCAGGAAAUCAAUGUUUGUUCAGGUUUUAAAAGGUGAAACCAUCACCACCUAUGCGCGGACAUGCCCAUGGGCAAUCACAGAAAGCUUUCUCAAGUAUGGAGAGAUAUCAGUAUAAAUGUUAGAAAUUGCCCAGAUAGAGGAGAAGAGAGGAAAAGCAGAGAGAGAGAUAGUAAAGAGAGAAAAAGAAGUCCCCUGUUUUCAAUUAAGUUACAAGUGAGAAAGUGAUACUUUGUAAAGUUAUGGCAAAAAUUUUAUAUACACAACCAACGUUUACUUACACACUCUCGUCUCGAGCAAUUUAAUCUCAAAACUGUUGAGUGGAUGUUGCUAUUUGUAUAUAUCAUACAUUGAACAAAUUUUACGAUAACAAGAUGAUGUUAUCGUUGAGCGAAGUAAUGUCAUUUGGCCUUAAAAUGCAGGCGAAUGCAGCUGCUAGUUUUGAUGCAGUGAUGGCUACGUUUCCUGGGAGUCUAGAGUUUCUCG